AUGGGGUCUGCCACCAUCCUUGCCCUCCUCCUGGCUGUUCUCCCAGGUGCAUGUGCCCAGGUGCAGCUGGUGCAGUCUGGGGCAGAGGUGAAAAGGCCCGGGGAGUCUCUGCGGAUCUCCAGUGAGACUUCUGGUUACAGCUUUACCAGCUACUGGAUCAGCUGGGUGCGCCCGGCUCCAGGGCAAGGCCUCGACUGGGUGGGGGCCAUCUGUCCUGGUGACUCAGAUAUGCGCUAAGGCCCGUCCUUCCAAGGCCAUGUCACCCUCUCCAGCGACAAAUCCACCAGCACCGCCCACCUGCAGUGGAGCAGCCUGAAGUCCUCGGACACAGCCGUGUGUGACUGUGCCAGGAACAGCGACAGAAGCCACAGCCCGAGAGCCUCAGAAAGCCUCCUCCAGCGCAGCCGCAGAGUCGAGCUCCCAGACGCCCUCCCGGGGACACCUCAGAUCCACCCGCAGAGGACACUGUCAGUGUCCCGAGGGGAGGACAGAGCAGCACAGCGUCCCAGGACCCGCUUGUCCCGUGAUCAGCGUCCACAGGCCGCAGGUCCGUGCACAGUAACACGGCAACGCUUCAGUUGGGGGCGUCCCCGGGGCCAUCGUCGCCUCCCGGCCGCCCUCUCCCUCUCCUUCCUUCCUCCUCCUGCUCCUUUACUUUCUUAUUUCACAAUCCGCAGCUCCCUUUCUUGUCGUGUCAUCGAUGUGUAUACAAACGGGUUGCUUUCCAUCAGGACGUUUGCGUGUUGA